AUGGCCUCCUUAUGCUGGAAUUGCCGUCGUGAGUCCUCUUCAGAGCGCGAAUGCUGGGUAUGUGGCAGAGGCAGAUCAAAGAACCAAGGCCAGCUCGAUGGACAGCAAGACGAGCGAGAGGAUGUUCUCCAACAAUUCCCAGAGUUCGAUGGCUCGACAGGAGACCUCGCCUAUGAGCGACGAACGCCAUCUUACCUCACUCCCUACACAAGCAAGAGUGCCAUGCAAUCCGAAGACACCAUUGGGAACCACAGGCCCGUCGUCGAGGAAUCCUUUCUAGAUCCAUCCGAAUUUUCACCCCAACUAGCUGGCGCCUCUGCGAACCGUCCUUCGGCUGCAACGACUCUGUAUCCGAGCAGUAUGUGCGACUUCGACUUCACAGAUGAUGGCGGACCCGUCGUUUCGUUCAUCAAAACGUCCGGUGUGCCUGGAGAUCCCAAAGCUGCGUGGCGGCAUUCGAGGUUUGGAUCGAUUGAGAUCAUUCGAUCCAAGGAGCGUUCGGGCGAGGAAGCACCAAAAGAUGCGAAGCCACCUUCCGCCGCGAUCGAUGUGCGAGGUUGGCGACGAGGAUUACUUGUCGCUUCUGUACUGGCUGGCAUGUUCCUAGGCUUCCUGGAUACGACGAUUGUAUCCGUGGCCUUGCCCAGUAUUGCGAAUGACUUUGACGACUACGCUCUAUCAACCUGGGUCGUGACGGCUUACCUCCUGACAUAUAUGGCCUUCGCGAUAAUUAUCUCCCGCCUCAGCGACAUCUUUGGCCGCAAAGCCAUCGAGAUCGCCUCCUUCAUCAUCUUCAUGAUCACCUCCCUCGGCUGCGCCGUCAGUCAGAGCAUGGUCGGACUCAUCGUCUGCCGAGCUCUCCAAGGCAUCGGUGGCAGUGGACUGUACUCCAUGACCAUGAUCAUUGCCCUCAACGCCGUUCCGCCGGAGAAGAAUGGACUGGUGGCUGCGGCGAUUGGAGUUACCCUGACCAUCGGCGGCGUCGCUGGACCGUUGAUCUCUGGUGGUAUCUGCAGUACUACCACGUGGAGGUGGAUAUUCUAUAUCAACUUGCCUCUUGGGUGUGUUGCUUUGGCGGCUUUCUGCAUUGCGUGGCCGAAGGACAACAGCCCGAAGAAAUUCACCAAAGCCGCGUUCAAGAGCAUCGACUUUGCUGGGAGUAUCUUGCUGCUGGCGGCUUCCAUUCUGCUGGUCUUCGCCAUGCAAGAAGCUGGGACGUAUGUGCUCGCGUGGGACAGCGGUGCGAUUGGAGCUUGCCUGACACUGGUUCCGGUGUGCUUCCUGGCGUUCAUCGGGUGGCAAUGGUUCUUGUCCGAGCACCCAGACUGGACUAUCCAGGUUAUCUUCCCGGUCAAGGUGGUCACGCAGAGAGUCAUUGGAGGCACAGUCAUGUCGACUCUCCUGUCAGGAUUUACAUUCUUCAUCGCAAACAUUAGCCUGCCCCAACGAUUCCAGAUUGUCGACGGAAGCAGUCCAAUCAUCGCUGGUCUGAAGCUGCUGCCACUGCUAUUCUGCUCCUCCAUCGGCUCCAUCAUCACGGGCAAGCUGAGCUCAAAGCGAAACAAUACCGCCUACACUUUAAUCGCCGGCGCGGUCCUCCAGCUGAUUGGCUUUGGCUUGAUGAUCAGCCUUGGAAGCACAAGUCCAACACCGAGCAGCGUCUACGGCUUUCAAGUACCGUUGGGCUUGGGGGUGGGUCAGAUAAUGAGCUCGGUGACGAUGUCGGUGCAAUUCCAGUCUGAGCCGAGAUGGAUAGGUGCUACCCAAGGCGCUCUCACACAAAUGCGAACCUUAGGUGGCAGCAUCGGUCUCGCUGCAGGCGUCAUCGUUUUCAACCAAAACCUUCGCGGCUCCACCGCCUUGAACCGCGCGCUCACGCCGUCAGAGCUGAGCACCCUCUACCAGUCCCCGUUGGCAGCCGAGCAGUUUCCGAAAAACGAGCAGCAGCUGGUCUCCAGGGUCUACGCCGAUGCGUUUACAUCUGAGAUGCAGACGGCGACGUACAUCGCUGCAGCGUGUCUGUUGUUCAGUUUACUUACGUGGCAGCGGAAUCCGCCUUUCAAGGGACCGCCUGGCGCUGGGAAGGCGAAAGAGAAGGAGGAGGCACAACCAGCGCAAGAGAUGGAAGAUAGUGAGAGCAGGACUGGGGACGUGUGA